AUGUUUGGGCCCGCGCAAGCGCUCUACGACACGAAGCUGUCGUUUGACCCCCCGGAGGUUGGAUACCCCACGGAAGUCACGUUCACCUUCACUCCCACCUACAGCAUCACGGAAGGGAAGUUCAUUCGGCUGAUCCUGGCGGGUUUCACGAGAGGCGAGCGAAAUGGCACGGCCGGGGAGGACUUCGGGUUCGCUAACGAGGAAGACGAGGGGAACUUCGGCUUCGGCUGGCCCUCCGACACGUUUCGGGGUUGGUGGAGCGAGGGCACGCCGGAAGAGGAGUACGAGGACAGUGUCUUCAGCCUCUACACGACCAAGACUCUCGACGCCGACAUCAGCUACACGGCCAUCAUCGACCGUAUGUCCGGCCUCAAGUCUAGCUGCGGCCACCCGGCAGACCACUCGGCUUUCUACGCCUGGGUCGACGACACGACGACGUUCUACAAGAUGUUCGGGCAGGUUGACUGGACUAUCGAGGAGACCGAAGCGAUCCCCAUGAGCUGCUACGUGGCCCCGGCCACCCUCACGUUCGACCCGCCGCUCCCCCAGACGAUGACCCACAUCACCGUGGGCUUCCAGCCAGCCAGAGACCUCGUAGAGGGGGACAACGUCACCGUGAACCUCAAGGGGUUCACUUCGGGGGAGGGGAACGGGACCGAGGGGAGAGACUUCCUGCACGGAGACCUGCUGCUUGCCGGCGAAUCAUCCAACGGAAGCACCUGGCUCGCGUCCUGGGAAGAGGGCACCUACGUGGAGGGUGAGCGGGGGUACGAAGACUCGAUGCUUCGGCUUCAGGCCCUAGCGCCAAUCCCGGCGGGGGAGCUGCACGAGGUCACGGUCUACAGGAGCAACGGGAUAAGGGCACAGUGCGGGAUGGGUGAGAACGAAACCACCUCGACCAUCUCGGUGGUGUCGUCGUCCGACCCUCCUUGGAACUCUACCGGGGAGUUCACAUUUUCGCAGGCGGUCGGGCCCGGCUGCCGAGAGCUCAACUACUGCUCCGGACAAGGAGAGUGUGACUACUGCCGCCAAAGGUGCGACUGCCCCGAGGGGUUUGGAUCCCCGUCGGAGUUGCUGCACGCGCCGGACGUCGCUCGAGACUGCUCGGAGAUGACCUGUCCCUCCGGGGUGUCGUGGGGUCCAGUGCUUGCCGGGUCACCCCGGCCUGACCCAGAGACUUCCCACGCGAUGGCGGAGUGUUCGAACAUGGGGACCUGCAUCCGCAGCUUCGGGAUAUGCCUGUGCGAAACGGGCUACGCGGGGCGGGCCUGCGAGAGGUACGCCUGUCCCGAGGACUGUUCGGGGAACGGCGCGUGCCGCAACAUGCGCGAGAUGGGGAUGAUGCGCACGGCGGAGCCCCUGGUAAACUCCUCCACCGAAGCUUCUUCUUCGAGUCGGGGGGACUCCGCGGAUGGGUUCGAAGUGGUAUACGGGUGGGACUCGCCAGAGGGGACGGCGACGUGGGAGUCCCGGUCUGUGUUUGGGUGCGUCUGCGACUCUUCCUGGGAGGUGGGGCUGGGGCGAGGCCAGACCCAGCAAGCGCAGUACUUUGGGCCGGACUGCUCGAUGUUGCACUGCCCGACUGGGGACGAUCCUGAUACGCUAAUCGACGAAACGGACUGUGAAAACAAAACUGCCGAUGGUGGGCGAGGGGUGGGAUCAGCAGGAAACCUAUGCCAUGUGGAUUGCUCGAAUCGCGGAAUCUGCGACUACACGACUGGCGUGUGCAGCUGCUUCGACGGCUACCAUGGACAGGCGAGCCAACAACGAUAA